AGCACACAGGAGCUGGUGGGAGCCAGGGACAUCUGACUAGUCCCUGUGCACAUGAAGCUCCUAGAACCGAGGACUUACAGUCUUGGGAGUGUUGAGUGGUGAGGUGAGCAGGGCAGCCCCGUUAUCCUCAUCUCCCGGUCCAGGCACGGAGGUCCGUAAGCCAGCCUGCUGGAGGAUAGUAGGCUCAGGGUGCAGUGGUAAAUCCUGGCUGAGCUUCUGGGAGCAGGGCCAGGGCUGAGGGCUCGGCAUUGGAGUGGAAGGCUGGGGGCAGAGGCCUCGGGGCAAAGGGCUUGAUGCUGGCCUGGAGGAGUCGGCACAGGGGUGGAGGGCUCGGGGCAGAGGGCUCGAUGCCAGGGUGGAGGGCUCGGGGCAGAGGGCGCGGUGCCGGGGCACGAAGCAGCCUUCCCGCUAUUGUUCCCGGCGCUCCCAGUGCCGCCAUCAGUGCGGCGCGAGGCCGGUGCCGGCGGGAGCAGCGCCAUGGGCCGCGAAUGCCGCUCCCGGCCGAGGAACGGGCAGUGCCCGCGAUCCCGCCGCCCGCUCCAUUUUCUGUCUCGCCCGUCACGGAGACGCUCAGAUGGCAGAGCCGCGCUCAGCGGCCCUGGGAGGGAGGUGGAGUCUGCCCGUCCUCCGCCCGCCCUCCCUCCAUUGUCGGCGGCGGCACCGGCACCGGCACCUGCUCGGGCCGCCGGCGGCCGGGAUGCUCCUGCCCUUCCCGGCGGAGCGGGGACGCUGCCGCAGUGCCGGGGCCGCAGCUCGCAGCCGAAGGGAGGAGAUGCUGCUUCUGCCUGCCCGGCCCUGCUGCCGCCUCGGGAAAUGAACAUGAGUCUGCCAGGCCGCGUCUCCUGCUCCAUGCUCAACUGCUUUGGUGAGGAAGGCCCUCCCAGUUUGGAGUACAUCCAGGCCAAGGACUUGUUCCCCCCGAAGGAGCUCAUAAAGGAGGAGGAGUCACUGCAGGUGCCGUUCACUGUGUUGCAGGGUGAGGGGGUGGAGUACCUGGGCCAUGCCAACGACGCUGUGAUCGCCAUCUCCAACUACCGCCUGCAUAUCAAAUUCAAGGACUCUGUGAUCAAUGUGCCUUUGAGGAUGAUGGAAAGUGUGGAGUGUCGGGAUAUGUUCCAGCUUCACAUUGUCUGCAAAGACUCCAAAGUGAUCAGGUGCCAUUUCUCCACCUUCAAGCAGUGCCAGGAGUGGCUGAAGAGGCUGACUCGAGCCAUUGCCCGCCCUGCCAAGCCUGAGGAUCUCUUUGCGUUCGCCUACCACGCCUGGUGCUUGGGGGUGUGUGUGGAUGAGGAAGAUCAACAUGCACAUCUCUGCCGUCCUGGGGACCACGUCAGGUUCCGGUUCGAGAUGGAGCUGGUGAGGAUGGGCUUCGACCUGCAGAACGCCUGGCGUGUCUCUGACAUCAACAACAACUACAAACUUUGUUCCAGUUAUCCCCAGAAGCUGCUGGUCCCUGUCUGGAUCACUGACAAGGAGCUGGAGAACGUGGCUUCAUUCAGGUCAUGGAAGAGGAUCCCUGUGGUGGUGUACAGACACGUGCGCAACGGGGCGGUGAUCGCGCGCUGCAGCCAGCCCGAGAUCAGCUGGUGGGGCUGGCGGAACGCCGACGACGAGUACCUGGUGACGUCCAUUGCCAAAGCCUGUGCCUUGAACCCCGGAGCGAGGGCGUCGGGCGCCGCGCCGCAUGCCGGGAGCAGCGACGGCAGCGAGCCCUGCGACGCCGACUUCGACUCAUCCCUGACAGCGUGUUCAGGCGUGGAGAACGCAGGAACCCCUCAGAAGCUGCUGAUCCUUGAUGCCAGGUCCUACACGGCAGCUGUGGCCAACAGGGCCAAGGGAGGCGGCUGCGAAUGCGAAGAGUAUUACCCCAACUGUGAAGUUGUGUUCAUGGGCAUGGCCAACAUCCACUCCAUCCGAAACAGCUUCCAGUAUCUGCGUGCUGUCUGCAGUCAAGUGCCAGACCCCAGCAACUGGCUUUCAGCCCUGGAGAGCACCAAGUGGCUGCAGCAUCUGUCUGUCAUGCUGAAGGCAGCAGUGCUGGUCUCCAAUGCCGUGGAUAGAGAAGGGCGUCCGGUGCUGGUUCACUGCUCCGACGGCUGGGACAGGACUCCACAGAUUGUGGCGCUGGCAAAGAUUCUCCUGGACCCUUACUACAGGACCAUGGAGGGCUUCCAGGUGCUCGUUGAAUCGGACUGGCUGGACUUUGGUCACAAGUUUGGGGAUCGCUGUGGACACCAGGAAAAGGUGGAGGAUCAGAACGAGCAGUGCCCAGUUUUUCUCCAGUGGCUGGAUGCUGUUCAUCAGCUUCUGAAGCAAUUUCCCUGCCUCUUCGAAUUUAAUGAAGCUUUUCUGGUGAAGCUGGUGCAGCACACGUAUUCCUGUCUCUACGGGACCUUCCUGGGGAACAGUCCCUGUGAGCGUGAGAUGCACAACAUCUACAAGCGCACGUGCUCCGUCUGGUCCCUGCUGCGGGCUGGCAACAAGAACUUCCACAACCUGCUCUAUAUGCCCGGAUCUGAGCAGGUGCUGCAUCCCGUGUGCCACGUGCGCGCCCUGCACCUCUGGACAGCCGUGUACCUCCCAGCCUCCUCGCCACAUCCUCUGGGACAGGAGGACAUGGACAUCUACAUGCCCCCAGGAUCUCAGAGCCAGGACUUCAGUGGCAGGUGUUUGGACAGAUUACCAAAGACAAGAUCUAUGGAUGACCUGCUCUCAGCCUGUGACUCCAGCAGCCCUCUGACCCGCACAUCCAGUGACCCCAACCUGAACAACCACUGUCAGGAGGUGCGGGUGGGCUUGGAAGCCUGGCAUGCCAACACUGAGGGGGCUGAAGGUGCUGCAGUGGCCACAGGAGAGGCACAGCCCAGGGAGGAGGAGGAGGAGAACCCUCCCCUGCAAGGCAGCAGCCGUGCUGAGCGCGAAGGGCCGAGCAGGCAGCUGGGCAGCCAAUCUGCUGUGCCAGCCAGCAGCAUCCCUGUGGAGGUGGAAGAGGGAAAUGGAACACUCACGGAGGAACUGGAUGGCAGAGGUCCAGAUCCAAGUCCUUCCAGACAGGAAAACAGUGACAAGGUUUCCACCAGUUCUGGAAGGCAUUUGGAAACCUGUCCCCAGGAACCUUUGAAGGCUGCUGGCACUGUGUCUAACAGAGGAGGCUGUCCUAAAAGAAUCACCACCUGCCCAGACAUUUCCAGCCAGGAGUCCCUGACACCAGGCACCCCUUCUCAGGACAUCCCAGGCCCUGCCCUGGGUACCCCAUGCCCAGAUGCAGACAAGGGUAGAGGUGAUGCUGGUCGGAGCAUGCCCUUUGAGGAGCCUGGCCAGCCGGGGAGGUUCCUGCUGGAGCAAUGGCGCAAGCCCAUUUCCCAGAGCCAAAGCAGCGAGUUCUCCUUCCUGGGGUGCAACUGGGACAGUUUUCAAGGCAUGGUAACAUCGCUCCCCAAUGGGGAGCCCACACCCAGACACCUCCUCUCCUAUGGCUGCUGCAGCAAGAGGCUGAGCAGCAAACCCCUGCGGGCCCCGGGCCUGUGCCUCAGUGGCCCAUGGUCUGGCAGGGAGGGCGGGAAGCCCUCAGCCUGCGCUGGCCAUGUGAGCACACAUUUCGGGAAGCCCAGCCGUUUGUGGCUGCCCUGUCACCUGAAACAAGCCUCUGGUCCCAAGCACCUGCCACCAAAAUGUCCUUCUCCUGUGCCUCCUCUCUACCUGGACGACGACGGGCUGCCCUUCCCCACGGAUGUGAUCCAGCACCGGCUGCGGCAGAUCGAGGCCAGCUACAAGCAGGAGGUGGAGCAGCUGCGCCGGCAGGUGCGGGAGCUGCAGCUGCGCCUGGACAUUCGCCACUUCUGCGCCCCUCCGGCCGAGCCCCCCAUGGACUACGAGGAUGACUUUACAUGUCUUAAGGAAUCAGACGGCAGCGACACGGAGGAUUUCUGUUCUGACCACAGUGAGGACUGUUUGUCAGAAGCAAGCUGGGAACCUGUGGAUAAGAAGGAGACUGAGGUCACGCGGUGGGUCCCAGACCACAUGGCCUCACACUGCUUCAACUGCGACUGUGAGUUCUGGCUGGCCAAACGGAGGCACCACUGCAGGAACUGUGGGAAUGUGUUCUGUGCUACCUGCUGCCAUCUGAAGCUGCCCAUCCCCGAUCAGCAGUUGUACGACCCUGUCCUCGUUUGUAACUCCUGUUAUGACCAUAUCCAAGUGUCUCGUGCCAGGGAGCUCAUGAGCCAACAUAUGAAGAAACCCAUUGCCACAGCUUCCAGCUGAAUGCCAGACAAGGGACCUGUCUAAGCCCAGCCUUUUCUCUUGUGGGUUUGAAGGGUGACUCUGCCUCCAGGGUAUCUGUGAAGGCCUUUGGUGCAACACUUGAACACCAAGCUGGAAUGCACUGUCUGCAGCAGCCUCACUACCAGGCUGGAGCAGAGGAGCUCAGAUCAGAGUUUGCUGUGUUCCCACCCCAGAGCUGGUGGGCCUGUGUGUUGUAGCCCUGAUGGCUUAGGGCUGAGAAAAGAUCACAACCUCUUCCUUUUGUGGGCUGGAAAGCAAUGUUUUCACAGCUCUUUGCCUGUGCAAAGUCCCUCCAAAGCAAAGAAAGGCAUGUUUAGAACCACCUCCCCCUGCAAAGGCAGGCUGCUCUGUGAGAAGGAAGAGGGCAAGCUCCUGAUGGUCCCAUGGGCAUUGGAAGGGCCUCAGCCUGGAGCAGAUUUUCUUCCCUUGAGUGUGAUUUGCGAUCAGCUUGGUGAACAAGACUCACUAGCCAUCACUAAUUGAUUUUCUCUUGGGCUCUGAAGAGAAAUUCAUUCCAGCUGAAAAGGGCUGAGCAGAUUGUGCCCAUUUUCAGGCUCUGCUGGGAUCGGUGUCGCACUGGACUUUGUCCCUGCCCCCAGCACCAUGGGGAGAUGGGAGAUUGGCUUUUCACUUCUGCUCUGCCCAUCUGCUUUGUCUGCAGUUGUGUCACAGCCUGGUGCUAACACAGGAAUGGCACCCUGAUCCUCUCCUGGCAUGGAAACAGAACUCGUGUUCCUGUGUUGCUCCUCCUCCCCUUUUCUGCCCUCAGCUCUCAACUUCCUACUGCUCUUUAUCCGGAAAACUUGAUACCUUGAGGGUAUAGGCCAUAAUGUGUUGUUUUACCUCCUGGAAUGUGCUGUCUGGUGUAUGUGAGGGUUUCAGUCCAAAUGCUGCUAUAUAUUUCUGUGCACUUAAUGUAACCCGAAGAAGGGAGAAUGAAGCAUCGAUACCAAAAUGGGGGUGGGGAAGGACACUGGCUGACAUAGACACUACGGUCUGUGCUUUUCACUUUAGGAUGUACAGCUGCAGUGAUAACCAUGACACGUGGCAUUUGUUCAGUGGUGGAAACAAUCUCUCUGACUUGCCCCAGUGCUACCUGAAAUGCCUCUUGAAUUUGACUUCUUUUUUUGUCUCCUGUACAGUGGUCAAAGUUCAGAGUUGCCAACUUGUAAAUGCCUCUCUGCUUCUUCUUUAAACUAGAGAGCAGGAAUCCCAACUCAUCCUAAGGACAAAGAACUGGGUUUAGAAAGGAAGAAUGGUUUAUAAAGUGGGCUUGUAAUCCCUUGAUCCCUUGGGGAGCAUCCAUCUUGCCUCCUCUGUAAGGCAUCUGUGGAUACUAGUCAGGAAGAAGAGUUUGAAAGUAGGGCGUUUCUUUGCAGAAAUGCAGGUUUUCUUUCCAAUAUAUUCUGCACUUCAGGAGCUGAGACUCAGUGUGUGGCAGGGAGGACCUUGGUCUGCUAACAAGGCAAAGGACAUUGAUUGGUCUGCUAACAAGGCAAAGGAAUCAACACUUGUGAUCUCCCAGAUCUUUCGGUAAUGGUUUGUCAUCUCCAUCAGAAGGAAUGAAAUAAGGACCCUUUCCUGCACUUUGACUUCUCAGCCUCUGGUUUUGUAAAUCCUGAUGUGUAAGUGAAGCUCAUCUUCUGAAGACCCUGUACUUAGACUCUGCUUCUUUUCCAUACUGGGAACAACCAACUUGGCUCUGGGAAGAGAAGGCACCUUGCUUCAGAUUCUCCCCUGCCUUGUACCUUGCAGUCAUUGCCAGACAUGAAAGCGUGAUCAUUGGCCUGGCAGAAGAAACUUGGAUUUGCUCCUGUUUUGCACGUGUUGGAAUGACUGCAAGUGAUGAGGAAGCCAGAAACCAGGUACUGCUGGCCCUUCCAUUCAGGCCAUUAGUCCAAACUGCUUUUAGCUCUUGUGAGUUUCAGCGUCACAAUGUGCUGGCCAAAAACUCCAGUCAGUUUGAUGGCAUUGUGACAAACAAAAUGUGCUGUACAACUCGAUACAGUUGAAAUAAAAUCUCUAUAUUA